AUGGCUUCGCCCAACAGCACAAUCGUCCUUAUUACCGGCGCCAACCAGGGUCUCGGCUUUGAUGUCGCCAAAAUGCUGGCCACCGACCACCCGGGAUACAAUGUGCUCAUGGGCUACCGCGAUGCAACUAAGGGCGAAGAGGUCGUUGGCAAGCUCAAAAGCCGAGGACUGACCAGGGCCUGUCGGCUAGACGUCCUCAUCAACAACGCCGGAGUAAUCUCCGAGGGACGCUUACCCGAAGGCACCUCCCUCCGCCAAACCUGGCAGACUGGCUUCGACAUCAACACCACGGUCCACGUCGUCACUACGCAAGCCUUUGUGCCUCUGCUGGAGAUGGCCGCUCUGCCACGAGUGGGUCUUAUGUCCUCAGCUCUAGGAUCAUGUACUGGCCGGUUGGACCCCAACGACCAAUUUGCUGCCUUCCGGUUCCCCGCCUACCGCAGCACCAAGGGGUCUAAGGGGUGGAAAGUCAAUGCUAGCGACCCGCGACAUUAUGCGACCAAUUCCAACGGCUUCCGUGGCUCGGGGUCCCCGGAGAGUGGUGCGCUGCAAACGGUUCGUCUCGCAAGCUUGGAUAAGGAUGGACCAACUGUCGGUCAAUCGGCCGAAGGAGAUGACUUUGAAGUCUGCCAGGACCAGAUCCUUGGGGAACGAGAGUUCGAGGUCAAGGCUAGAUUGAUCUAUUAG